ACAGAGUCGGUCUGUUUAGAGCUAACGUAACUGAGAGGGGGACAGAGCUCAACUGUUGUUUUGAAUUUGCUGGAAAUCACCGGCUGCAAACGAGAAGGGGAAUUUUUAGUACCCGUUAAAUAAGAAGAUGGCGGAUGUGGUCGGCGAUGAAAGUCGGCCUGCUCACCCCGCGGCGACCCGCCAGCACGUUCCAGUCGUCGGUUCGUCUGCGGGCCAGAACGCAGCAACGGUAACGUCUGGUCCUCGGGUAGUGCGGAUCGUCAAGUCGGAGUCCGGCUACGGUUUUAACGUUCGCGGUCAGGUCAGCGAGGGAGGCCAGCUCCGGAGCAUCAACGGGGAACUGUACGCUCCGCUUCAGCACGUCAGCGCUGUUCUACCCGGAGGAGCAGCAGACCGAGCGGGGAUAGCGAAGGGUGACAGGAUCCUUGAAGUGAAUGGGGUAAAUGUGGAAGGUGCGACCCAUAAGCAGGUGGUGGACCUGAUCCGUGCUGCAGAGAAGGAGCUGGUUCUGGCCGUGCUGUCCGUUCCUCCUCAGGAAGCCGAUGGGUUAGAAGGCGGCGAGGAUAUCCAGCCUAACUACGACUACAGCGACAAGCAGGCUGUUCCCAUUUCCAUCCCCACAUACAAGCAUGUGGAGCAGCACUCGGAGAGGUUUGUGGUUUACAACGUGUACAUGUCAGGCAGACAGCUGUGCUCAAAACGCUAUAGAGAGUUUGCCAUCCUGCACCAAAACCUGAAGAGGGAAUUCUCCAACUUCAACUUCCCAAAGCUGCCUGGUAAAUGGCCCUUCUCUCUCUCUGAGCAGCAGCUGGACGCUCGUCGUAGAGGUCUAGAGGAGUACCUGGAGCGAGUUUGUUCUGUGCGGGUGAUAGGGGAGAGUGACAUCAUGCAGGAGUUCCUCUCCGAAUCAGACGAGAACUAUAACGGAGUCACAGAUGUUGAGCUGCGGAUAGCGCUGCCUGACAAAACCACCAUAUCCGUCCGAGUGCGUAAAAACAGCACGACUGACCAAGUGUACCAGGCGUUGGUGCUGAAGGUUGGAAUGGACAGCAUCAUGGCCAGCUACUUUGCUCUUUUUGAAGUCAUCAACCAUUCAUUUGUGAGGAAACUUGCCCCAAACGAGUUCCCCCACAAGCUUUAUGUGCAGAACUACACAUCAGCGGUUCCUGGAACAUGCUUAGCACUCCGCAAAUGGUUGUUCAGUAUCCAGGAGGAAGAGUUGCUCAGAGACAACCCCCUGGCCCUUCACUACUGCUUCCACCAGGCUCUUGACGAUGUGAAGAAGGGAUUCAUAAAAACUGAGGACAAAUCCUACCAGCUGCAGAAACUGGCAGAGCAGCGCAAGAUGGCCACAUACCUGAGCCUGCUGCGGACAUGUGAGGGCUAUAAUGAGGUGGUCUUCCCACACUGCUCCUGUGACUCCAGGAGGAAGGGCCAUGUCAUCACAGCUAUCAGCAUCCAUCACUUCAAGCUGCAUGCGUGCACUGAGGACGGCACACUAGAGAACCAGGUAAUAGCUUUUGAGUGGGCAGAGAUGCAGCGAUGGGACACUGAUGAGGAAGGCAUGGCUUUCUGCUUCGAGUAUGCCAGAGGAGAGAAAAAACCUCGCUGGGUUAAGAUCUUCACUCCAUAUUUCAACUACAUGCAUGAAUGCUUUGAGCGCGUCUUUUGUGAGCUGAAGUGGAGGAAGCAGGUGGAGGAAGAGGCCUCUGAUAAAGACAACAAAAACUGUAGCAACAGUGAGUUCCUGCCUCCACUGGAGACGCAACAGAAGGGAUGGCGCCACCUAGGGGGAGAAAUCGCCACGUCCUAAAACAAGGUUAACCUUCACUUGAACUAGAACUGAUUCACUCAUCACAGCCACCCACAGAGAGUGCCCAUUGACUAAAGAGAAGGAGUGAGUCUGAGGCCAUCUCUGCCCCAGAACAGAAGGAAGUCCCUCUUUGGGGG